AUGGGUCCCGCCGGGCCUGCCCGGAGCCGUCGGGCCGCGGCAAGGGAGCUGCUGCUCGGGGCGGCCGCGGCCGCGAAGGGGCUUAGGGAAGACCUGAGGGUCGCGGCGUCCCUGUCCAAGAGGGCCCUGUCCGGGGUCCCGAAGCAGGAGGGGGCUCGGGAGGAGGAGGAGUCGGCCGGACACGAGCUCUUACUGCCAAAUGAGAGAAGCUUUCAGAAUGCUGCUAAAAGCAAUAACUUGGAUCUCAUGGAGAAGCUAUUUGAAAAGAAAGUUAACAUUAAUGCUGUGAACAAUCUGAACCGCACAGCCUUGCAUUUUGCAGUGGGGAGAAAUCAUCUAUCUGCGGUGGAUUUCUUGCUUUGUCACAAGGCCAGGGUGGAUGUUGCUGAUAAGCACGGCUUGACAGUAGUUCACCUUGCAGCCUGGGCUGGAAGCCUCGAGAUCAUGCUCAUGCUGGUUAAAGCUGGAGCGGACCAGAGAGCCAAGAAUCAGGAUGGCAUGAACGCCCUCCACUUUGCAGCCCAGGGCAAUAAUGUACGAAUCACAGAGUACCUCAUUCAGGAGCUGCACCUGCAGGACCUGGACCAGCCUGAUGAGAAAGGAAGAAAGCCAUUUCUUUUGGCGGCUGAGAGGGGCCACGUUGAAAUGAUAGAAAAACUUAUCUCCCUCAAUCUGCACACUUCCGAAAAGGACAAGGAGGGAAACACUGCCCUGCACCUCGCUGCAAAACAUGGUCACAGUCCUGCUGUGCAGGUGCUGCUAACUCAGUGGCAAGACAUAAAUGAGACCAAUGAGCGCCAUGUCAGUGCUUUGCAGAUAGCGACCCGGAAAGGCCACACAUCCCUUGUCAGUUUUCUUCUCAGUGAGAAUGUUGAUCUGCACCAGGAAGUGGAACCUAAGGAGUCCCCUCUUCAUUUAGCUGUUAUCAACAGCCAUAUUACACUUGUAAACAGCUUAUUAAGUGCCCAGCAUGAUAUUGAUGUCUUAAAUCAGAGGCAGCAAACCCCUUUGCAUGUAGCUGCUGACCUUGGAAAUGUGGAACUGGUGGAAACCCUCCUGCAGGCAGGCUGUGACUUGAAGAUUGUUGAUAAGCAAGGAAAGACGGCCCUGGCCCUGGCCUCCAGGAGCAACCACAGCCUUGUCGUGGAUAUGAUCAUUAAGGCGGAGAGAUACUAUGCCUGGAGAGAGGAGCAUCUUGACAGCCUCAGGGACUCAUCAGCCAGAUUUACUCUGACUUUCAAACAAGAUCACAGUCUGGAGACCAGGCAUAUUCGCGAUUGCCUCUGGAACUUGGCUUACUGGCAGCUCAAGGCCAACGAGUGGCAGAGGCUGGCCCGUUUGUGGGACUUCACGGAUGCCCAGAUCAGAGCCAUUGAGGAGCAGUGGUCAGGAAGGGAAAGCUUCCGUGAACACGGCCACCGGGCCCUGCUCAUCUGGCUGCAUGGGGUCCUGCUGACUCAGGCCAACCCGGCCAAGCACUUACAUGAAGAGCUGGUGCGCGUGGGUUUCCCAGAACUUGCUGAAAGGAUCCGGCAAUUCAAAAGCAAAACUGAUUCAAGCUCCAAGAAAUGUACAGUUUCAUAAAUACCUAAAGAGAAAUUGUAUUCAAAUGAUUUUCCACUCAACAUUCAGUUGUUUUAAAUUCAGUUCCUUAAUGCCAUGAAGUUCUUAUACCAGCAGUAUUGAUUUUCCUCUCAACUGUGAAGACGGUGGUGACAAGAUCUUCUAAUAGAUAAAAAAAAAAAAAAGCAGUACUUUUAUACUUUCCAACCACUGAAAUGAAAAGCCAAAUACUCUUUAUAUUGUUGUUUAAGGCAUAUGAUUUUCCAAUUUCUGUCAUUUGAUGCAAGAUACAUAAUUGCAUAAUCUAGGAUGGUUUUGUCCAUCAUCGUUUUUAGGGUUUUAGAACAGAACGAGAUGGUUUUGAGUCCUGGUUUUGCCAGUUACUAGCUGGGAGUCUGUGGGCAUAUUAAACUGAAGUUAAGUUCUCAGCUUUUCAGUGUCCUCCUCUAUAGAAUAGGAAGAAAUAUCUGAAAGUAUAUACACCAAUAUAUUGUCUAUCUCUUGGUGAAGUAAUUAUAGGUGAUUUAAAUUUUCUUUAUACUUUUUGGCAUGUUCCAAUUUUUUUCACAAUGAAUAUGUAUUAUUUUUGUAAUCUAAGAGUUAUGAAAUAAAUAUGAAAUCAAGUAUCAAUUUGUAUCAAUUUAUGUGCAACUAUUCAUUAAAGUU